AUGACGAGACCACGAAUUGUGCGAGCGGACACGCUCGACCUUCAGGACCAACGUGCGCCUUCUGCGAAGGACCAUACUAAAAAUCCCGGACUACAUGGCGGACUCGCUCCCCACCAAGAAGAAUCGAUCCGACAUGCCGAUCAAGACACGAGAGCCGAGCUGCUUCACGGACCCGGCGCCAACGGGAACCAUCUAGACGCCGAUGAUUACCGGGACGGAAUCGACAUGUACGACGACGACGAUGACGACGAAGAAAAUGGAGAUAUUGGCCAUAAUCAUCGCGCUGGGGGCUCGGAGGACGGCGAUCUUGACGGGGAAAGCGACGACCUCUUGGAUGAUGAUUUGAUGGACAAAAUCUCAAGUUCCCCGUCAAUCGAUGAUGAAGAUAUCGAUUUCGAAUUUGUCUACGCGCUUCACAACUUCGUCGCUACCGUCGAUGGACAGGCCAAUGCUGCGAAGGGGGAUACUAUGGUUCUUUUGGAUGACAGUAACAGUUACUGGUGGCUUGUUCGCAUUGUGAAAGACGGCAGUAUCGGUUACCUACCUGCCGAACAUAUUGAGACACCAACAGAAAGACUGGCACGGCUGAAUAAACACAGGAACGUCGAUCUGUCCGCUACCAUGCUCGGUGACAACUCGGAGAAGUCGAAGAACCCGUUGAAGAAAGCCAUGCGCCGCAGAAACGCGAAAACGGUUACUUUCACCAGCCCGACCUACAUCGAAGCCUCGGAUGUCGAGUAUUCCGACGAGGAAGACCUCGACGACCAGGCUUCUUUCCAUGACGAGGACGCAACGCAUGGGGAUGUGGAUGACGAAGACAUGCAGAAUGACGACAUUGUCGUCGAGCCCCUCAGGCCAAAGUCCAAGGACAAGACAGCUGAGGAAGCAGAGAAAGUGGAGGAGACACGAGAACUCGAUCGCUCCAGCCCGGAGAAAAACCGAUCGAGCCAAGAGAUUUUCGAACCAGAAGUGGGAACCACCGUCAGCCGGUCGAGGAACGGCACUGUGCGCAACACUGAUUCGUUCUUCAAAGACGACACAGUGGAGACCAAGAAGAUCUCCCUCACCCCGAAUCUGCUCCGUGACGAAGUUGGCAGCAGCGGUCUGUUGAAUGACACAAAAGAGGUCGGUUUGCACACCGUCGUCAGAGCUGACGAAGAUUUCCUCAAUCAAAUAUCUGACCUCUAUAAGCAGGGCCGUGGAAGUUUAGAGAACUUGGACAAGGCACUUGCAAGCGACAAGUCGAAAGACGACAAAAAACGCAAGGACAAGAAACCUGGCAUGCUCAGUGGCCUGUUCAAACGAAAGGACAAGAAAUCGAAGGCAGCUGACGAUGAUGGCGAGGAGUCGGAGAAGGUCUCCAACGAACUAUCUCGCACUUCACCGACACCGAAAACCUCAUCCGAGUCGGUGUCUUCGCCAGAACAAUGGACUUCGAAGCCUGGAGUGCAGAGACAAACCAGCAAACUACAGAAGCAGAACCCGUCACCGACGAAACAGGAGUUCUCCGACUCCAUCAGCGGACCGGCCGAAGGCGAAAGGGCCAUGGAUGGUCAAAAAGCAGAUCGAUCGAUCCGGCAGGUGCCUGCCGAGGAAGAUACGGUCCAGUCGUCGCUCCCAAGGAGUUACCAGCAAGGCGAUGCUAUGUCGUCCACAAGCUCGUCGAGCCCAACUAAGCGGCCACACCCUCAAGCUAGGGAUACUCUGGCCUCAGUUAGCGAACAAGAUGAGGAACGACAAGACCUGUCCGAUCGGAUGGCAUACCUGCAGCACUCUGUGACGUCGCCGCCCCAGAAAUUUGCACCACAACAUAACCCGAAGUACCAGAGCUCGCCGGUGAGCUCGCCGGUAAACAACUCCCCUAUGGACAGCCAACUAUCCCCGAGUGUACCCGGGCUGGUUAUGGACUCGUCGCCGGUGGGCCAAUCUACCUCCCCGGUCUCACCCCCCUUAUCUCCUGCCGAACAUGACAACAAACCCGGCGAGACAUUUACGCGCUUCGGUAUGACAUCUACGGAGCCGCCCGCCUGGAGUGAUGCCAGCUUGCGGUCGUACCUGGAUGAUGAAAAUGAUAUUCGCGACCUGUUUAUCAUUGUUCAUGACAACUCCAACGUACCUCCUGCUGGUCCGGACCACCCGAUCACCGGCAGUCUGUUCAAAGAGGAGAGCAAGAGAUUGAAGGAGAUGACCAGUCAAUUGGAUUCGAUGCUCGCUGACUGGGUCAACCGAAAAAUGCGGACUACGGCUGGUAAAUAG